AUGCCGCGGGGCUCGGCUUUUGCCUUGUUUGGUGCUGGCACGGCGUCUGGGCAGAGGACGGUGAAGCGCGCGGUAGCGGGACGGGGCUCUGCUGAGAGCCAGGGCGCAGUGAUGGACAGCAGCAGAUCCAGCUGCACUUGUCACUGGCUGUCAAGCCGGCUGUCUGAGCUGUGGAACGACAGGGGACAGGCGGGAGGCUGUAGUAGAGUGCAGAGGGUUGGAACAAUGCCAGAUUCACCUGUGGAUGUGAAAACCCAGCCCAGGUCCACCCCACCCACCAUGCCUCCUCCACCCCCGGCUGUCAGCCAAGCAACAAGUCGCAAUGCCUCCUUCACCCCAGCCACCAGUAAAUCAAUGCUGAAUGGGAGCAGCCACUCUCCUACAUCACUAAACGGUGCUCCAUCCACUCCCAACGGCUUCAGUAACGGACCCGCCAUGUCCUCCACAGCCUCAUUGUCCAAUCAGCAGCUCCCGCCAGCUUGUGGUGCCCGGCAGCUCUGCAAGCUGAAGCGCUUUCUGACCACUCUGCAGCAGUUUGGCAAUGACAUUUCACCCGAGAUUGGAGAGAGAGUUCGCAGCCUUGUGUUGGGCCUGGUGAAUUCCACUCUAACCAUUGAAGAGUUUCACUCCAAACUUCACGAGGCCACCAACUUCCCGCUGAGACCUUUUGUUAUUCCUUUUCUAAAGGCAAACCUGCCCCUGCUGCAGAGAGAGUUGCUUCACUGCGCCCGGCUGGCCAAACAGACUCCAGCUCAGUAUCUGGCCCAACAUGAGCAGCUUCUCCUGGACGCCAACGCCAGCUCACCCCUCGACUCGUCUGAGAUCAUGCUGGAGAUGAACGAGCAUGGCAAGAGAAGGACUCCUGACAGGACCAAAGACAACUCAGAGAGGGACGGGCUGCACCCAGAGCACCUGGCCAAGAGGCCCUGCACCAUCAGUCCCAGCCAACGCUUCAGCCCGAGCACAGGACUCCCCACCCACCCGCCUCCCAACGGCCUCCCCUCGCACCCUCCCAACGGCCUGCCCCACCCCACCAACCCCCAAGUGGGACCCCAGCACUAUCGCUUGGAGGACAUGGCUCUGGCACACCAGUACAGAGACGCGUACAGACAUAACGAACACCGCGACGUCAGAGACAGGCACCGGCAGACAGUGCAUGGAGCCCGCCAAGAGGAGGUGAUUGACCACCGUCUUACAGAUCGAGAAUGGGCAGAAGAAUGGAAACAUCUUGAUAAUCUUCUGAACUGCAUCAUGGAUAUGGUAGAGAAGACGCGGCGCUCCCUGACUGUGCUCCGCCGCUGCCAGGAGGCCGACCGAGAGGAAAUGAAUCACUGGAUACGGCGCUACAGCGACGUGGAGGAGAUGAAAAAAGGUGGGAGCAACGGACAGCACUGCCUUCCUCCUCCUCCUACUCUUCCUCCUCCUCAUCACAACUCCUCCUCCAACACAGCUAGCAGCAGCGAGUCACUGCCCAUAGGAACUCCCUCGGCUGCUGAAAGGCAGUCAGGCAGACAGACAGAGAUCCACAGAGACUUCUUACACAGACCUCCCUCAGGAUAUCUGCCCGAAGAAAUUUGGAGGAAAGCUGGUACUACAAGCAUCCCGCUCUCCCCAGCUCUAAAGCACCUCCAAAACAAGCAGGAAGAGGCGGUGAACGAGGUAAAGCGGCAAGCCAUGUCGGAGCUGCAGAAGGCAGUGUCUGACGCUGAGAGGAAGGCUCACGAGAUGAUCACCGCUGAACGAUCUAAAAUGGAGAGGGCGCUGGCCGAGGCCAAGAGGCAAGCCUCUGAAGAUGCACUAACAGUCAUCAACCAGCAAGAAGAUUCCAGUGAAAGCUGCUGGAACUGCGGGAGGAAGGCCAGUGAGACGUGCAGCGGCUGCAACACGGCUCGCUACUGCGGCUCCUUCUGCCAACACAAAGACUGGGAGAAGCACCACCACGUCUGUGGACAGGGCCUGCAGGGGCUACCAGGGGGCAGCAGUGUUCCUCUCGGCACCCCCUCCUCUUCCUCCUCCGCUUCGUCAGCAUCUUCCGGCGCUCCCCCGACCCACUCGGAGAACACUCCUCCGGGAUCCCUCUCCCUGGCGGUCCAGAGCGGUAUUGUGGGAGGCGCUGGCAGUGGGAGUGGAAGUGUCUCCGCCAGCCCCAAAGAGAGCAGUUCUAGCAGUGCCUCUCGCUCCACGACUCCAGCUACUCCCGCUCUACUAGACGCCACCUCUCGCUGACCGCUGUCCCUUCCCGGGGAUGCUGAAGUGACAGUGCCCACACUCCACUCAAAAACCAAACUGAGGAAUCUUCAUCGCACACUGCUCUUUCCUCCCGCCCUGCUAACAAUCCUCCUCCCCACCCCACUCCAAACACAAACCCUUCAAGUAAUCUUCUGAAAACGGACUGAUGUUCUCACCGUCCUCCGGUCAUACUUUUCUUCUCUUUUACACCACAGCCACAGAUACAAAGAUUGCAGCCAGGGGUUCAAUUUAGUGUAAAGCAUGAAUAUUGCAGUGUCUCCUUUCUCUGGCAUAGAAACAUAUCAGACACGCUUGCUGCGAAUAUGAGGUUUGACUUUAAUAUGUGCCCUCAGUGUCGGAAGCCUGAUAGAAAUGGUCCGUAUGAGGACAGAAGGGCUGUGAUAAGACAGCGUUGACGGGGGAUGACAAGCCAAUUAGCACUUGGAUGGGAUUUCCCUUUAAUUUAGCACCAAUGAAGCGGUUACCAGUCCUGAGACGUGCACUAACAAUUCACUGACGUGGCACUUCUAUUGUCUCCGAAUGGAGACAUCUAAGGAGCAUAACCUUUUAUUUUCAAAUGUGUGAGGGAGGGAGUAAAACUUGUGCUGUGAUUUGUUCCUCGUAAACACGCUUAGUACUUGUUAAAGGUUUCUUUCUGGCUUUAAGGAAAUAAAUACAGAAAAAUCCAAAUAUUCUAAAUAAAGAAUAAGAGUGAUGACGAUGCUCAUGAUAUGAAAAUGAAUUUUAAACUGCUAACUACCUUGCUAGCGAGCCAAGAAAAUCUACACCAGACUCACCUCUCUGCGCCAUUACGAACCCAAAUGAAUUCAAAGAUGAAAAAAAUGACAUGAUCCAAACCUUUGUAUUACACUGCCAAAGUGAGUAAGUAAGCGAUAAAGAGAAGCACUCAUAACCAAACGCAAAGCAACAUCACCUCCUCAGCAAAUAUGCCAGCCCUGAGAGGACCAGGCUGCGGAAGAGCUGCAGAGCAGGAUCCAGAGACGUUAGAAACAAAGCCCUGGCCCGCUCUGACCUACAGCUGCCUCCUGCAGUCCGGGACAAAACUACAGCAACUCCUCAGUGACGGCCCAGACUAGUGAAUAUGGACAAAGCUGUGAACUUGUCUAUAAGAGAGACUUGAUAAAACUGAUGGAAACCCUGCCACAGUGUGGUUCUUGUGUGAAUGGUAGAGAGGACAAAAAGAGGUGAAAUUAGUGCUACACAGCCUCAAAGGAGAUGAAGAUACAAGGAGCUGCCAAAAACCUCAACACAAACUUGAAAACAUUGUCCGAGAAGGCAUUGCUUAUUGUGGAGACGUAUAGGACGAUUGUGCGUUUUUUUCUUAAAUCUAACAGCGAGGAGAUAUUUCAAGGAAUUGCUCUUACCUUUUACAUACACUCCCCCCUUUUCCAAAGCAUGACAAACAGAUGAAAGAGUCUUGUACAGGGUGGUGUAAACUUGGUUCUCCUCUCUUUCUACCUCCCUUCACCCCACACCUCCCUUCUACACUUUUGCCCUACUACUUGAUUCAAGUCUGCCCAGCCUGCUUUGGACAGAGCCACAAAGCAGUAACAUGGGGAGGGUUGGAAUUGCUUGUAGAUAUCGUUCCUCUUUUUGUUUUUUCAAUAAUGACUCUUGUUGCUGAUGUCCAUAUGUUCUGCCUUUGUGUAUAACCAGAAAGAUGGACUUUGUUUUGGGUUUGUUACCUUUGUUUUUCCCUCUUUACGUUUGGGCUGGGCAGUGAAGGCAGAGUAAGAGUGCAGGUCUAUGAAAGGAAGCCCCACAUUGUACUUAUUGUUUGAUUUGUUGUAUCUAUAUUAAUGAGAUGAAACCCCUCGUGUAGAAUAUUUUGUAUUGCUCGCAUUGUAAGACAGUGAGAGGACGGAGGUGCAAUAUGAAGAGAAUUCAGCUACUGAAUGGAACCUCAGCAACUGCCCAUAGGGUGUCAUAUAAUAUAGAUACAUAUAGAUAUAUUUAAAGUAACAUCAGUAACUUAAUGUGAAUGUACAUAGUAUUUAAAAAGGUCCAAAAAUGUGUUUGCCAAAUAACAAAAACCUUUAAAGUUUAAUGUCCAGAAUAUGACUUUCUCACAGUUUAUGUUUUUCAAGUUAUCUCACUCAUAGAAGUCAAACAUGUUUUCAAUUUUCACCCAAAUCAAAGUGUGCUCCUGCGUGGGGAAGCCGUUAAAAGAGAUAAAGUAACUCUAUGCUGCAGGAGUUGACUUACUGUGUGUUUUAGACUUCUACUAAUAGAAAAGCCCAAUGUAGUCCAUAGUAAAACAGGGUUAAAAGUGGUGGCUCAUUUUGAAAUAAAUUGAUUCACAUUAGAUUUAGGAAAUCUCCAACUCUGUUCUUUUUUAACCAUCGUUGAGGCACAAGAGCCUCUGUGCUUUCUGUAGCGAUCUUCUCUCUCAGUCCUCAUUUGUGUGCUUUGUUAAGGGCGCUAUGUUUCUCUCAACGUGCAGCACAAGCCAUCACAUUGAUAAGUGGCAUACCAGUGUUAAGCUAACAUCAAAGCAAAAUUCAGCACCCAAUCUUUAAAAAAUUGCGUGUCUUUUUAGGAAAUUAUUAUUAUUGCUUAUUUGUGAAGAUAAAAUUUGAGCCUAAGAUGCAUAUUUCAAACAAAGAUAUUUAUUUCCAGGUCAAGAGAGCAUCAUCACACCCAUGAGUUUUUUAUGCCUUUAUCAUAAACUCCACUGAAUGAUGUAGGGUAUUUAACAGAUUCAAGCCCUUUUUGUAUUGAUCACUGUCAACCUUACAUGGCUGGCCUCAUUCAAACUUGGACCAAACUUGGUAGAAAAAAAAACACAAAAAAAAAAUACAUUGCUGUGUAAUCAAGAACAUCGAUUUGACAUAAGCUGCAAGGUACAACUGCAUCCAUGUGUAGCAUUUAAGUGUUGAAUAACCACCGUGUUAAAGUUUUGACUUCAUUUUCAACUAACAUGCUUCUUUUCCCUUAAUGUCCUCCGCAACUACCACAGACCACUCCUCGCAACACCCCCACCCCCUUCCUCUUAAACUUGCUACCUCCUGCAGGCAUACAGCUAAAUACCAGGAGAGGCUGACCUGGACUUUGAAAAGCUGGCUGAGAGCAGACACAGACAAACACACUCGCACUGAAAAGUUAUCAUAUGAAUCUGAAAGGAACUGUUAUUACCGAUCAUAAGGCAAAAUAUUAAAUCACUAGAUUCCAACUUUGUGCACCGGCCAUGAAAAAUAAUGCCUGUAAUAUUUAGUAGUAGACACAAACAUACUGUAUAUUCAGUAAUUCAUACAACCAAGCUGAACACAGAAACAAUGUGCCAUGUGUUGUCCAAAACCAAUAAAAGCACAGACCAAAGUACUCCUAAUUUGCCAUUGUAUGCUCUGACAUGGUGUAGAACAACAGAACACUAGUAAGAAGGUUGGAGCUCCACUACACCAGUUAACCAAAGGUUCUGAAACAUAUACACUCAGAGCACAUGAGUGAAAAGCAUGCUCAACCAACCGGAUGAGUUUCAAUGUGUGGAAUUCUUACUCAAGCAAUCAAAGCGCUUGUUGACUCCGUACUGAGUAGUGCUUCACUAAACAACAAAAGCAUCUGCUUUGAAAAAGCAUUACUGCAUGUUCAUACGGUUACAAAGUCUUUCAGAGGGAAAAAUGAAUGUGUUUGGGUUUGUGUGUGUGUGAUGUGUGUGUGUUUGUGUGUGUGUGUGGUGAGUCUGUGUUUUGUAAAAAAAAAAAAAAAAAGAAUUUAAAAGGAAAAGAAAAAAAACUUUUUUUUUGUGUCUCUGUAGAAACUACUUGAAACCUUCAGAGCUUUAAUGAAACAUCCCAGACAGACAAUAGUGGCACAUUGAUUCUCAAAAUGUAGCAGCAGCUUUGUGCAGUUAAGUCCACGGCAUCUACAUCAAAAACAGCUCCGUGAUGACAGUUCCAUUCAACUCCGAGUGCUAUGUGUGCGUCUCUUUGUCUGCGAGUAAGCCCUCUGACAAACUAAACAAAGCCAAACCCAAUAGACCGUUUAAAGAUGACCAAAAUACAACCAAAAGCUGCAGCUUUCUUCUUUAGGUUUCACUUUUGUGAAGGUUUCUUUGUUCUGCCCACCAGUGGAAAUCUUCAGCUCGAUUGUGUGGGCUACAAGGCUGCAAUCCCACAGACAAACAGAGCUGUAGAGGAAAAGAGCAAACUGUCCGUCACUGAGAUACCCCCACUUAGAGUCAUUGAGUGGCAGGUCGGAAAAGAUCAGAGCAAUGUUCUGUUUGCAGUAUGUGCUGUGGUGUCGUUUACUUUUCCGUUCAGAUUUUAUAGAUGGCAAACACAUAAGGGCUCUGCUGUUGUGAAUACCAUCCAAGGGUCUCCUGAAAUGUUUCAUCCACCAGUUAUUGAUUUGUGUCGCUGUCCACCUAAUAUGAGCAAAACACAGUUAACGGCAGGCUGGCAUUUGCCCCUGUCCGUCCCAACCAGUAAACUCCGCUAGUGAAGUUUCAAAGCUUAUCAGAUGUGAUAGUGACAUGUCCUUCCUGUGAAACAGGCACUGAUGACUCCGAAGCUAAGGUGGCAAACAAUGGAUUCAGCACUUGUUUUACCAUAAGCUGUGGCUCAGGAUGGUCUUGUUUUUACCUUAACAUAAACUGAAAAUGGUUUAUGCUUUUUUAAUGUGUAGGGGAGCAUUCUAUACUGUAUUGUGCAAUACAUUAUUACAGAAAAAUCUUGUUUCUGUAGGAAAGGUUUGCCGCUUUGAAGAUCUUUCCCAUUUUGUUUCAUUUUCCUCUUUCGACAGUCCUGUUGCCAUUUUUAGAAGAAGUAAACUGUGCCAGAAGAAUUAAAUUCGAUUUGUAUUUAUUUCUUGCAUGCUUUCCUCCAUGUUGCUAAUACCGCUCUUUAACUGUUCGCUCUGUUGGAUGUGUGAAGCUGUAAAACAUUCUAAUUCAGGUUAUUGUCUGUGUUGAACAAUGUAACUGUGUAAUUAAAACAUGAAAUGAUGUAUUCAUCCCUUUGGUUUCUUUUCUCCUUUAAAUGAUAAUCUGUAAUGAUAAUCAAACCAACAUUUGUGAAUCUAAAACAGUCAAAUUCAAG